CAUAAAGCACACUGUCAAUGGGGCACUGCAAUCGACUCUUGUUCGGAUGCCUCAGGCUCUCAGUGUGGUAAAGCGAUAAUUUUAUCAAACUACAGGUCGAAGUUUAUUAUCUCCGGCUCAAUACCAACCACAGGAUCACCAAGGCAUUGAGGAUACAAAGAGAAAAGGAAACUCUUUGUCAAAUUGGGUCAGUUUCUUUUGGCUCUGUUGUGAAUGAAGGCACUGGGUAGUUGGCACAGUUCAGUAGUUUCAAUAAAUUCUGGAUUCACGAGACCACCUGUAACUGGUGGCCAUUCAACUUACCUGUCUGGAAGAGAUGACCUUUACGUUUCAAAGCUAAAGGUGAACAAUUGGAAGUGAAUAAGCAAACGUCUCUACACAGUAAACCUGAACUGGAUGUUCAGUACUAGCGAAACAGUACUGGACUGAUUUGGAUUAGUUCCGGACUGUGGUGCGACGGUAUUCCUAUAAUGGGAAAAACCGGCCAGAGCACAGUGGACCUCAACUCUCCUUCGGAUGUGAAGCAGGCAGUCCCAUUUGAAGACCUGGAUCACAACGGUGUUCCUGUGGAGGUGGAGCAGAAAGAUACAGUACCAGAUAGAGGAUCCUGGAAGGGCAAGUUUGACUUCCUGUUGUCCUGCGUUGGAUAUGCCAUUGGGCUGGGAAAUGUUUGGAGGUUCCCGUAUCUGUGUGGAAAGAAUGGUGGAGGAGCUUUUCUAAUUCCAUACUUGUGCACUCUGGUGUUCGCUGGUAUCCCAUUGUUUCUUCUGGAGACAUCAUUAGGACAGUACACAUCAGUAGGAGGGUUGGGGGUAUGGAAAUUAAUACCCAUGAUGAAAGGUGUCGGCCUGGCUGCUGUGGUAUUGUCCUUCUGGCUGAACAUCUACUACAUCAUCAUCAUCGCCUGGGCUUUAUAUUACCUCUUCAGCUCUUUCAAGGCAGAGUUGCCAUGGCAAACUUGUGAUAACCCUUGGAACACUGACCGCUGCUUUUCCAACUAUAGUCUUAUGGAUACCACCAACCUGACCAGUGCUGUAAAUGAAUUCUGGGAGAGAAACAUGCAUCAGAUAACAAAUGGUUUGGAGGAACCUGGGGAAUUGCGCUGGCCAUUGGUUGGAACGCUGGCAUUAGCCUGGAUUCUUGUAUAUUUCUCGAUUUGGAAAGGUGUAGAGUGGACCGGGAAGGUGGUGUAUUUCUCUGCCACCUAUCCCUAUUUCAUGCUCUUCAUUUUGUUCUUCCGGGGGGUUACUCUACCUGGUGCUAAAGAUGGCAUCCUUUUCUACAUUACCCCUGACUUCAACAAGCUUUUAAAAUCAGAGGUGUGGCUGGAUGCGGCCACUCAGAUAUUUUUCUCAUAUGGUUUGGGUUUAGGCUCUCUUAUUGCUCUGGGCAGCUACAACCACUACAACAAUAAUGUCUACAGAGAUUCUGUCAUCGUGUGCUGUAUAAAUUCUUGCACUAGUAUGUUUGCUGGAAUCGUCAUAUUUUCCAUUGUGGGCUUCAUGUCACACAUCACAAAAAGACCCAUUGAAGAACUGGCUGCCUCAGGUCCAGGUUUGGCGUUUUUAGCCUACCCACAGGCUGUUACCCAGCUGCCCAUGUCUUCACUCUGGGCUAUACUUUUCUUUUCAAUGCUCCUCAUGCUUGGGUUGGAUAGUCAGUUUUGUACAGUGGAGGGCUUUAUAACGGCUCUGAUGGAUGAAUAUCCCACAGUCCUGAGAAAGAGAAAGAAAAUGUUCAUUCUUAUUGUCUGUAUAAUAUCCUUCAUCAUCGGCUUCUCCAACAUCACACAGGGUGGCUUGUACGUGUUCAAAUUGUUUGACUACUAUUCAGCAAGUGGAAUGUGUCUCCUGUUCCUGGUCUUUUUUGAGACGAUCUCAAUUUCCUGGUUUUAUGGGGCAGAGAAAUUCUAUGAAAAUAUAGAAGAUAUGAUUGGUUAUCGGCCCUGGGGCUUCUGGAAACACUGCUGGACUUACUUUACUCCAUUAAUCUGCUUUGGUGUAUUCACAUUCAGCGCCAUUGAAAUGACUCCUCUGACACUGGGGAAGUAUGUGUACCCGCCCUGGGGUCAGGGGAUUGGGUGGCUUAUGUCUCUCUCCUCUAUGAUUCUUAUACCUGGAUAUGUCAUCUAUAUGUUCAUCACCACCAAAGGCAGCAUCCGACAGCGUUGGCAAAAGAUGACCAGCCCAUCUGAGCUCAAAACCCAAGACACCAAUGAUAUCACGCAACAGCCCCCACAGACAGGAAUUAUGGGUGAAGCUUCUGUCUGACAUAAUUUCCUCUUUUCUGUACAAUGUGCGGUAAAGACAGUGAACUGUGCCCAAAUCAAUUUCUUCCAUUCUCCCGGACUUUCCUUGAAAUCUGAAAGCAGUCUGAAGCGAACCACGAAUACACGACUCUCUUCCUGCAUUUUAUGUCACUUCGUCCCUCUCUAAAGUUGCAUUGUGAGACACAUAUGUGAGGUCUUCCUAGAGAAAGUAAUUUCAUUUACUGUCAGUCUCAAGAUAUGAUCUAGCCACACACUCGCCCUUGCAGGGUAUUUGGGGCUGGAGCUUUUUCAGCUUUUCUGGUCAUAGGCAGGGUACACCCUGGAUAGACUGCUAAUCUGUUGCAAUGUAUAGUCUGUAUAAUUUUAGCAUUUAUAUAAGAGUGGUUAAUCUUAAAGGCCUGUCACAAAAUGUAAAUUGUCUGAAAGCAGUUAGAGAAACAUGAAGUUUGAGUUUCAAAGUUGAAAACAUGAAUAAAUCUGGGCAUACUGUACGUGGUAAUGUGUCCAAGGAUCUUUAUAUAAUAUCUUUGUAUGUGCAUGAAUGUAUAACGUAUACUGUACCUGAGGUGACUACUCACCACCAAGUUUUCACUAUUUCAAUCACAUUUUCCUUCACUGCAUUUUUAACGGUUUGUCUGUGUGAACCACACAGCUAGCAAAUUUAGCUCACAAACUUAAAGACAGUCCGUGGCAGGGCCACAAAAGUAUGCGGAGAUCCAUGAGAAUGCCACAGAAAAAUGAGCAAUGAGCAAAAAUGAGCCCUGCCACGGACUGGUUUUAUUGGUUUUUGGCGCAUCACGUCAUCUGCUUACUCAUCGCAAAAAUGCUGUAUAUAACGAACGUCAUAUAGUUUGUAUGUAUGUUGCUGUGAUAUAUAAUUAUACAGAAUUACCUUUUUUAUUUUCUAAGCAACCGAGAUGUUGCCCCCGGGGGAGUUGGUGCCCUACGUAAACUGCGUACUCUGCAUAUAGGGAAUGGUGUUACUGAUCCUGUCAGCAAGUCUUUGUUAAGUUUACCCGCCACCUGCAUCUGGGUUCCGUUCCUGCACGUCUGUGACACCCAAUACUUCAGAAAACUGGUUUGGAUACUAAUGACCCAAAUAACUAGCCUGGUCCAACCAGACUCUCGUACAUUCAUUUCAUUUGUACAGAGAGUCUGGCCAGGCUCCAUUGCAAAGCGUUACUUCUGUUAAGGAGGGUCCUCUGUUGAAGUUUAAAACUAUUGGAUCUGCCCAGAGUCACUCAGGAUCUGCCUUAGGCAAUCGCUAACGUGUGGUCGUGACAUAUAUCAUGCGCCGAAACCGGCCGGAAACAACAAGUCCGAAUACUCAGACCAACAAAACUUAGCAAACCUGGUUCUUGCUCCGGCUUUAACUUCUGUAUAUUCGGCAGUUUUGCAACAACGGACCGAAUAGCUUUUCUCACGUCUUUCUCCGCUGAUAUUACUGAACUACAACUCAAACUGACGCACGACCUCAACGUCAUCGUUCUUAGCCAAUCCCCUCUGUUUGCUGAUUGUACCUGCAGAUUUUUGCAGGAGAAAACGAAACUCUACACAGCAGUCCCAGACGUAGUACUGAAGCGAAAUGAAAAUUAAGCGGAAGCACGUAGGAGGGCGGAGCCAGGCUACCAAAUAACUACCACCCCAUUCAUCACCAAACUUUUAAAACGGACUGUAGCAACUUAACCUCAAGUCCACUUUCAUAACAAUAACCCUUACAAACUUUUUCUCAGCCAUAAUCAUAGCACUGAAACAGCUCUAGUAAAAAUCACUAAUGAUUUCCUACUUGCAGCUGACAACUGCAAGUCUUCUAUCCAUCUUGAUCCUUCUUGACUUCACUGCAGCCUUUGAUGCUGCAGAUGAUCUCCCACUAAAUUAUUCUGGCUGCCAUUGGGAUCACCAAAAAAUUGGUUCUGGUCAUAUCUACACCGUAGAAUAAUUUCGUUUAUGGAACAAAACUGUAUCUGAAACACACAAUCACUCAUGGUGUUCC